CUUCAUCUUCACCUCAUCAUUCAUUCAUUCAUUCCUUCUUCACUUCUUUAUAUUCUACUCCACAUUGCUCUAUCGUAGUGCGACCAGCCGAUCUUCGCUCGUGCGGGCCUUGAUCUCUCCGUUAGGUUCGUUCCCUCGUGCAGCGGCUUCACCAUUGUGAGCGCGCGGCCCAUGCUGGGUUCGCGAUCCAUCUACCGCCAUCAUGGGAGAUGCCAUUGUAGGCAUCAUUGGGAUGGGUGAUAUGGGCAAGAUGUAUGCCCGUAAACUCAGCGCAGCAGGUUGGAAGGUACACGCGUGUGAUUUACCGGAUCGAUACGAAGAACUCAAAAAGGAAUUCGCCGAUCAAAAAAAUAUUGAAAUCUUCCCCAAUGGCCAUUCCGUCUCCCGCAGCAGUGACUGGAUCAUGUACAGCGUAGAAGCCAAAAACAUCGACGCCGUCGUCGCCCGAUACGGCCCCUCGACCAAACAGGGCGCCAUCGUCGGUGGUCAAACCUCGACCAAAGCCCCCGAGAUCGCGGCGUUUGAGAAACAUCUCCCCUCGGACGUCCAGAUCGUGACCUGCCACUCCCUCCACGGGCCCGGCGUCAACCCCAAAGGCCAACCCCUGGUGAUCAUCAACCACCGCGGCACGCCGGCCGCGGCCGCCCUGGUCGAACGCAUCCUCUCCUGCCUGGAGCCGAAGUUCGUGCGCAUCUCGGCGGAGAUGCACGACCGCAUCACGGCCGACACCCAGGCCGUCACCCACGCCGCCUUCCUCUCCAUGGGCACGGCGUGGCAGGCCAACGAGCAGUUCCCGUGGGAGCUCGGCCGGUACACCGGCGGGAUCGAGAACGUCAAGAUCAACCUCAUGCUGCGGAUCUACAGCAACAAGUGGCACGUCUACGCCGGCCUCGCCAUCCUCAACCCCAGCGCCAAGGCCCAGCUGAGGCAGUACGCGCGGAGCGUGACGGAGCUGUUCAAGCUCAUGCUGGCGGGCGACGCGGCGGGGCUCCGGGCCCGGGUGUACGCGGCCCGGGAGGCCGUCUUCGGCAAGGAGGAGGAGACCGGCCAGGAGCUCCUGUUGGACGAACAGCUCCUGGAUCGCUUCAGCCUGGGCGAGAAGCCGGCGAUGCGCGUCAAGAACAACCACCUCAGCCUGCUGGCCAUGGUGGAUUGUUGGUGGAAGUUGGGCAUCGUGCCGUACGAUCAUAUGAUCUGUUCGACGCCGCUCUUCCGGCUCUGGCUCGGGAUCACCGAGUACGUCUACCGCAACGAGGACGUGCUGGCGGAAUGCCUCGACACCGCCAUCACCGAUGACACAUUCCGCUCGGACGACCUGGAGUUUACCUUCGCCGCCAGGGACUGGGCCGAACGCGUCGCCCUCGGCCACAUGGACGCCUACCGCGACAAGUUCGAGCGCAUCCAGACCUACUUCGCCCCGAGGUUCGCCGAGGCGACCAAGCUGGGCAAUGAGAUGCUCAAGACGGUCGAGGAACACCUCGAGGGUCGGAAGCAGAAUUAGUGGUUUGGCCGACAAGACGACUUUUUUGGGAUAUGUGUCCUUCGAGGCGGCCGUGUUUUUCUAUCGGUGGUAUGAUAUUUCUCUCUCCCUCCCCCUCUCUCCCUCUGCUCGUUUGUUUGGGAACGGUGCAUGGAUGGUUGUCGCGGGAAACGGCAGAAGGGAACAAGCAAGCAAGGAUGUCAUCGGAUCGGAAGCUGGAGAUGGAACUGGAGAUGAAUUAUGAUUACAGAUAAAUGUCGAUCGGGUACGAAAAUGGACACGCAGCCCUUUUGUUUCCGAUCAUCAUCGGAUUACAGAAUUCGUUCGUGCUCUGAUUUUUGCGGUAGACCUCCUUCGCUACUGGGAUCAACAUCUCGCGACCCAAGAUCGGGCCGCCUCCCAGAAUUCCACCCGUGAAAAGUGAUGGGGUUGGUACUUCCGGCACAGACGUAUUGUUACAAUCUCCUUCCUCCUUCUCUGGCAC